AUGCAGUCAUCAAGUCGACACCGUGUUUGUUGUAAAGUUCUGGACCCUUUAUUCACGUGUCCUUCGUCACAGACUAAUCAGGAUGCACAGCCAAACGACAGCAGCACCCAGCUCUCCACGUCAUCAGGGACCAGGGGCCACAGAGAAGUCAGACCAGGACCUCGGCCCUCGCUCAUGUGGGCUCCUCAGACUAAUCAGGAUGCACAGCCAAACGACAGCAGCACCCAGCUCUCCACGUCAUCAGGGACCAGGGGCCACAGAGAAGUCAGACCAGGACCUCGGCCCUCGCUCAUGUGGGCUCCUCAGGUGAGCAUCUGUCUCCGAGUCACAGGAUCAAAGAGGAUCACCGUCUGA